AUGCCUGCCCCCGUUCCAAGCCCAAAUCCGGCCCGGUUUCCUCUGCCACUGGCCCAGUUCCAGGGCCUGCCUACAAGGAUACAGUUUUCAGACCAGCCUCGGAUACCCCAGCUGCCUCGUCAGGUCGCCGGUGUCUCUCCUAACACCGCUCAGCAGAUGGCGAUGUUUCGGAUAGCCCCCAGUCAGGGCACUACCGCCGACAGGUUUGCUGUCAUGCUCACGUCCGUCAGCGGCAGCCAUAACGGUGCUGCUCCCGUGGUAUCUACUGCCCCCACCGCCUCCAGCCUUUCGAUUCCGCCUGCUCCAGCCAUCGCUGCGGCGCCGAAUUACUACAUUUCGGGACAGAGACAUGGCGGCUCCGCUCAGCCCAACGGUAGCCUCAACCAGCAUGGGUACGACAACCGCGCGCGGUCCCCGAGCCGACACCAGGGUCCCACUCGAUCCGGAUGGCCCAGUGAUAGUAGACGCAAACGUCGAGGCAGCAAGCAUCGUCAGCGUAUUCUGGCGCCGAGCCGCGAUGGCAGCCGCAGCAACGGCUCUCGUUACGGCUCAAACGACAAGCGGGUCGAAUUCGACCGAUCUCUUCCCGCCGGCCACAUCAAAGGUCUUAGCCGAACCCUUCUGAGCAAUAGCAUGCAGCUCAGAUAG